AUCUAUGCAAGAUUAUAUUCAACUAUGUGAAAUAGGAUUGGGAAAAAGGGUUGUAUUUCUAAACUUUCGAUGGCUGCAUUUGUUGCUGUUCAUUGUGGAGCCGGAUUUCACUCUAAAGAGAAAUCUAGCGCAUACAAAUCUUUAUGUAAAGAGGCAUGUUUAGAGUCUUUGAAUCAUUAUGCUUCAUCAAAAGAUGCUCUAAUUGCUGUGACAAUGGCUGUUCGAGUACUUGAAAAUAGUUCAUUAACGAAUGCUGGAUAUGGUUCUAAUUUGUCUUGGGAAGGAAAAAUAGAAUGUGAUGCAUCAAUAAUGUGCGGUAAUACUCUUCAUUUUGGAGCUUGUGGUGCGGUUACUUGUUUGAAAAACCCAAUAGAUUUAGCAUCGAUAAUUUGUAGGAAACAAAGUGAAAAAUUAGCACUGGGCAGGAUUCCCCCGUGCCUUCUAGUGGGACCAGGUGCUGAACAAUGGGCUACACAUGUUGGCAUACCUCAUAUCAAUCCAAAUACAUUGAUAUCAGAAGAUGCCAAAAAUCAUUAUAAGAAAUUGAAACACAAACAAUCUUUAUAUGAAUCUUUGAUAGGAAAUGAGAUAAGCCCUUUAGAUACAGUUGGUGCAAUUUUUGUAGAUGCAGAUGGUUUUUGUACAGCAGCGUGUAGUUCUGGCGGGAUUGCAUUAAAAAGUUUGGGAAGAAUUGGUCAAGCCGCUUCUUACGCUUGUGGGUGUUGGUCUGAAAUUUCAAAUAAUCAAUCAUAUGCAACAAGCACGACUGGUUGUGGAGAGCAACUGAUGAAAACUUUGCUUGCAAAAACUGUAGUGGAUGGCUUAAAAGAUUGUGAUUGCCCUGCAACUUCUUUAAAUAAUACAUUGCAAGUUAAUUUUAUAGAAUCGCAGAUGCUGAAUGAUUAUGAAGAGAAACAAGCCGGAGUAAUAGCUCUUAAAUAUUGUUCACUCAAAGGAACAGGAGAAAUCAUUUGGGGGCACACAACAUCAUCCUUAUGUAUUGGAUAUGCUUAUUCACAUCCUUAUACCAAAUUUAAAAGUAUAAUUUCUAGAAAACAUGCACAAGAACAAACAGUCGUAGGUGGGACAUCAUUUGUUUUAAAGUCUGCUCCAGAAUUAGACUCCUCUGAAAAUGAAUCUUCAUGAAAGUAUGUGAUAAUAAAUAUUGAUUUAUAAUAUUCAUAUAUUUACACAGUUUCUUGUAACACAUACUAUACAAUUAGAUUUUUUGAUUUCUUAAGAAUUAUCUUAAUAAACACAUCUUGUGAAAAGCUUAAUAUUAUAAUAUAAUAAAUUUUAAUUCAAUAAAACAAAUGA